GGCAAGCCGUGCAUUCUUUCUACUCAUUCCGAACAUAACUAGUUUAUCCACAAUCAAAGUUAACUGCUCAUAUUAGUACCAUAUUCUAUUAAAGAGGGAUAAAUUCAGACUUCGCUUCCGGAUCGUGGCGCUACAGUGUUGCAAAUUAUUGUACAUAAACAAAAGUGUUAAAUUCGGUAAAAAUUCGAAAAAUAGGCAACGGAUUCGAGCCGAUUUUCCUUAUGAACUCGGACGGUUUAGACAUGUCUGGUACGGAAGAUAAAGCAAAAUCUCCAGAGGAUAUGGCUUCUGAUGCUGAAGGUGUUUGGUCGCCAGACAUUGAACAAAGUUUUCAAGAAGCUUUGGCCAUUUAUCCGCCAUGUGGCAGGAGAAAAAUUAUACUUUCUGACGAAGGGAAGAUGUACGGACGCAACGAACUGAUUGCUCGAUAUAUUAAAUUACGGACGGGCAAAACGAGGACCAGAAAACAGGUAUCUAGUCAUAUUCAAGUUUUGGCUAGAAAAAAAGCAAGGGAAAUACAAUCGAAAUUGAAGGUAGAUCAAGCUGCAAGAGACAAGGCAUUGCAGACUAUGGCAUCCAUGUCCUCGGCACAAAUUGUCUCCGCGUCUGUGUUACAUAACAAGAACGCUCCUCCAUCGAAUAACUACAACGACCAUUAUAGCAGUAGUCACACUGCACAUUCCUUACCAGCAUUACCGAGCACACCGUAUUGGAGCGGCCAAGGUUCGCAGGCAGGUAGCACCCCAACCUCGUAUGGUGGUCUACCGACAACCCACACAAGACAACUGUUUGGUGGAAGUCCCGGACCAUCGUCCUCAGCAUUGGUGCCCAGUAAUAGCGUCAGCUCAAGUAGUGACGAAAUGCGAUCUCCAUAUGCUGCUGGCAGUCAACUAACAAUGAGCGGAAGUUCAAACUGGUCAAGUAGAAAUAUGCCCUUGCGUUUAAUUGAUUUCCAAGCGUUUGUUGAACAAACUGGAAUGAAAGCAGAUUCGUACCACAAGCAUCUGUUUGUUCAUCUCGGUCCCAAUGUGAACUUUCAAGACUCCAUCCUCGAGGCUGUGGAUAUUCGACAGAUCUACGACAAAUUCCCCGAUAAAAAAGGUGGUUUACGUGAACUAUACGAAAAAGGACCACAGUCUGUUUUCUUUCUUGUGAAAUUUUGGGCCGAUCUAAACACCAACGUGAAGGAUGAAUCCGGAUCUUUUUACGGCGUUUCCAGCACAUACGAGUCCAGUGAAAACAUGACUAUAACGUGCUCGACUAAAGUGUGUUCCUUUGGGAAACAAGUCGUCGAGAAAGUCGAAACGGAAUAUGCGCAUUUUGAAAAUGGUCGCUUCGUCUACAGAAUAAUCAGAUCGCCAAUGUGCGAAUACAUGAUCAACUUUAUACACAAACUUAAACAACUUCCAGAGAAAUACAUGAUGAACAGUGUGUUGGAGAACUUCACUAUUUUACAGACGGUGACAAACAGGGAUACUCAGGACACUCUAUUAUGUCUUUCGUACGUUUUCGAAGUAUCGACAAGUGAGCACGGAGCUCAGCAUCAUUUGUAUCGACUGGUCAAAGACUAAACUGCUGUCCACAUGGUAAAAAGAACAUUGUCGACACGCAAAAGCCAAUCCCAUCAAGGUAGCGAAACUUCGGUUGAUGACGUCAACGUCACGUAACCUUGGAGAUGAGCUGUUUUUCAUAUAAGAACGAUGAGCACAAGCACAUGUAGACCUACACAAGAAUAAGGAUAAAUCAAAUGCGUAUAAAAUUUCGUACUAUUUACAUAACAUUCCGUCGACAUAACAAAAAGACGACAAAAUUUUUAUAUACAACCGACGUAACUCAUAUUUUUUUGCUAUAAGUGAAACAUUUACUGCACUUUUUCGUUGUUUAGAAGAUUUCUUCGGUAUUUACUCAGUAAAAGUGAAAACGUCAGUGUCUUAAUCUUCACUGUCGCGUUUUUUUUCACGCACCUGUAUGUUUGCUUAAAACAAAAUGCCCUGCAGUAUUUACCAGUAUCAAUAAAAACACUAACACUGCGAGAAUGUUCUAUAACAUCCUUAGCCUGCCCCCCACCCACACCACACCACCCCUUCAGUCGAUGGGUGUUUUAGAGAAAAUUUCAGGCAAGCGUGUCAAAAAACGACUGUGGCAUUCAAACACUGUCGUAUUUUCCGAGACUAGAUCUCCUAUACAUUUUACAGUAGGUUAUAUAUUUUUUACCUCACAUCUGUGGGAUUGCAAUAGAAUAAUUUAGGAGAUAAGUCUCUGACAGACGGUGUCUUAAAUUAAGUUUGUGCCAUUUUACGUAGGCAAUCUCUAGUGUAUAUAUCGAUUUCAUAUCAUUUUAUUGUUAAACUUGCGUAACAAAGACGCAACGCAUUUUUUUUACAAUGGAUGUUUAUAUAUUAUAUACAUAUAUAUAUAUGUAUUCAAGAAAGAACUCUGUGCGAUGUACGUACAAUUUUAAUCAUUUUUGUUUCGUAUUUUUAAAAUAUAAAACAUUGAAUAAGA